CGGGAUUUAUCAAAAAACCAAUGUCCACCUUGUUUAUUAAACCCAAAAUCUCGCGAGCUACUUCCGAAGAAGAAAAGAAACAGCGAAGAUCAUCGGGCAUAGAAAAUGGAUCAAACCCAGAGAUCAGUGGCUGCGCCUUCAACUUCUCGGUCGUACCAGCUCCUUCCUGCCCGCGUCGCCAUUACCGAUCUUUUCAAUCUUUACUUGGGGAGAGGUGGCCGCCAAAAGCCCGACGAUUCCGCCAGAGAACGCACGAACAAAACCCAGAAGCGUGUUCAUGCUCCAAACAGAGAACUACCCCCUGGAAACGAGCAGUUCCUUUUGGAUUUUGAGCAAAUUCGGAGCCAGUUCGGUGAGCCAGACCAAUUGCGGGUUAUCACAGAGUCUGUCCUGAUAUCUCUGGUGGUGCAGUGUAGCAGUCACGCACCACGUGCAGAAUUUCUUCUCUUUGCUUUGCGUACAUUUCGUAGGAUAAAUUACCUGAACUGGGAUACCUUCUUGCCGGCCCUUCUCUCCUCGGUUUCUGCUGCAGAAGCCUCAGCAGGUCAGAGUGGUCAAGCAGUGCCAACUGUUUCUUCUGCUAAUUCAUCUCAGUCUGGAGUGCCUGUGCCUUCCAAUCCUAUCAAUCCUGCAUCCCCUUUGCCUUCCGUCCAUGGUAUUGGAUCCCCUGCACCAUCAGGAAACGAACCAGCUCCUGGAACUACUUUCUCACCAGUGAAAUCUGCUGAUAUCCCUGGCAAUGGACAGCAAAUUGUGAGGGUCGGUCCAUCAGUUAGAGAUGCUUCUACAAACUUCCGACACAUGAAAGAUGCUGCUAUAAAUAGUCUACGCCAGCUCUGUUGCAAAAUUAUCUUAAUCGGCAUUGAAGUCAAUCUAAAACCUGUUACUCAUACCGAGAUUUUCCAGCAUAUGAUGAAUUGGCUUGUGAAUUGGGAUAGACGAGAACUAGGAUGUGAUGAUUCUGUUGGAAAAUCUUGGAGAUCUGUGAAAAAUCUAGCUGAAUGGUUGCGAAAUUGCUUGGAUGUGAUUUGGCUGUUGGUGGAAGAGGGUAGAUCCCGGGUUCCAUUCUACGAAUUAUUGCGUGGUGGUCUACAGUUUAUAGAAAAGAUACCUGACGAUGAAGCCGUAUUCACACUUAUCAUGGAGAUACACAGGAGACGAGAUGCAAUGGCCAUGCACAUGCUAAUGUUGGACCAACACCUUCACUGUCCGACAUUUGGAACCCAUCGCAUAUUAUCCCAGACAACUGCUAAUGUUUCAGUUGAAACUGUUGCAAACACGCGAUAUUCACCAAUUACAUAUCCGAGUGUGCUUGGAGAACCAUUGCAUGGCGAGGAUCUUGCCAUGUCCAUUCCAAAGGGAAGCUUGGACUGGGAGAGAGCUGUGCGUUGCAUAAGGCAUGCCAUUCGCACUACGCCCUCUCCAGAAUGGUGGAAGCGAGUUCUUGUUGUGGCACCUUGUUACAGAAAUCCUGCACAAGGGCCUACCCCUGGUGCUGUUUUCACAUCUGAUAUGAUUUGCGAGGCAAUCAUUGACAGAAUUAUUGAACUUUUGAAGCUGACCAACUCAGAUGUAAAUUGCUGGCAGGAAUGGUUGGUGUUUUCAGACAUUUUCUUCUUUCUAAUCAAAAGUGGGUGUACCGACUUCGUCGACUUUAUUGACAAGCUGGUUUCACGCCUUACCGACACUGAUAACCAUAUUCUUCGAACAAAUCACGUGACUUGGUUGCUUGCACAAAUCAUUCGUGUGGAGCUUGUGAUGAGUGCUUUGAACUCUGAUGCUCGUAAGGUGGAUACGACUAGAAAGAUACUAUCUUUUCACAGGGAAGAUAGGAAUUCUGAUCCCAACAAUCCGCAAAGUGUAUUGCUCGACUUCAUAAGCAGUUGUCAAAAUCUACGGAUUUGGUCGUUGAACACAACAACUAGAGAAUAUCUAAACAAUGAACAACUUCAGAAGGGAAAGCAGAUCGAUGAGUGGUGGAGACAAGUGAGCAAAGGAGAUCGCAUGAUGGAUUAUAUGAAUAUGGAUGAUAGAUCGAUUGGCAUGUUUUGGGUCGUAUCCUACACCAUGGCACAACCGGCUUGGGAAACAGUUAUGAAUUGGUUAUCUUCAGCUGGAAUGGCUGAGUUACCGGGAUUACAACCAAACGAGAGGGUAAUGAUGAUGCACGAAGUGACACCAUUGCCUAUGUCAUUGUUGUCUGGCUUGUCCAUCAAUGUGUGCUUGAAAUUGGCCCUUCAGAUGGAAGACGCUCUGUUUGUUACCCAGGCUAUUCCUAGCAUUGCUAUGGUCGAGACUUACAUAAGACUAUUGCUCAUUGCACCUCACUCAAUGUUCCGUUCGCUUUUUACUCAAUUAGCCCAAAAGAAUCCUUCUCUGUUAAGCAAGCCCGGGGUGACACUCCUUGUUCUUGAGAUUCUGAACUAUCGUCUGCUUCCACUCUACAGAUAUCAAGGAAAGAGCAAAACUCUGAUGUAUGAUGUUACUAAAAUAAUCUCUGCAUUGAAAGGGAAACGUGGAGACCAUCGUGUAUUCAGACUGGCUGAAAACUUAUGCAUGAAUCUGAUUUUGUCGCUGAGAGACUUCUUCUCAGUGAAACGGGAGGGAAAGGGGCCAACAGAAUUCACGGAAACCUUAAACCGGAUAACCAUCAUUACUCUUGCUAUCACAAUCAAAACACGUGGAAUUGCAGAUGCUGAUCACCUGGUUUACCUGCAAACCAUGUUGGAACAAAUACUUGCAACGAGUCAGCAUUCAUGGUCAGAGAAAACACUGCGGCAUUUCCCUUCUCUUCUUCGAGAUGCCUUGAUUGGACGCAUAGACAAGAGGGGCAUAUCAGUUCAGGCGUGGCAACAGGCUGAAACAACCGUGAUCAACCAGUGCACUCAGCUUCUGUCACCGUCCGCUGAACCUGCGUAUGUUAUGACAUACCUCAGUCACAGUUUUCCUCAACAUCGUCAGUAUCUAUGCGCCGGUGCAUGUCUGUUGAUGCAAGGCCACCCCGAAAACAUCAAUAGCGCAAAUCUGGCACGGGUUCUCAGGGAAGUUUCCCCUGAAGAAGUCACUGCCAAUAUAUACACUAUGGUGGAUGUUUUACUUCACCACAUUCACGUGGAUCUUCAGCGUGGACACGCUCUACAGGAUGUUCUAUACAAAACAUGUACGACUCUUGCAUUUUUCUUUUGGACCCAUGAAAUGCUUCCUCUAGAUAUUUUCCUUCUGGCACUUAUUGACCGUGAUGACGAUCCACACGCCUUGAGAAUUGCGACUACUCUACUUGAAAGGCAAGAACUUCAACAAAGGGUGAAAUUGUACUGUGCAAACCGCGGACAGCCCGAGCACUGGCUUUGUACUCAGGUCUUCAAACGUAAUGAUCUCCAGAAAGCCCUUGGAAACCAUCUUUCUUGGAAAGACAGGUACCCGACAUUCUUUGAUGAUAUCGCAGCACGGUUGCUUCCGGUCAUCCCUCUAGUGGUCUACAGGCUCAUCGAGAAUGAAGCCAUGGAAUCGGCUGACAAAGUUCUGGCUUUGUAUUCGCCGUUUCUGGCCUAUCAUCCGCUCAGAUUCACGUUUGUCCGUGACAUACUUGCAUAUUUUUACGGCUAUCUUCCUGGGAAGUUUGUGGUCCGGAUUCUUAAAGUACUCGAUCUCAGCAAGAUUCCGUUCUCUGAGUCAUUCCCGCAGCACAUAAAUUCUUCAAAUCCAGCUGUGUGCCCGCCUCUAGACUACUUCGCCACGCUUCUGCUCGGUCUUGUGAACAAUGUCAUCCCUCCACUUAGCAGCAGCAGUGGCUGCUCAAGGUCUGGUUCAAUAGCAGACAUAGCAAACAGCGCGGCAAGGCCUCAUGGCAAAACUCCAGGUGCAUCUCAGCCCGGUCCUACAAAUGCCUCUGAGGGCCAGAAAGCAUUCUAUCAAAUCCAGGACCCUGGAACUUACACACAGCUUGUUCUUGAGACAGCCGUGAUCGAGAUCCUCUCACUUCCUGUCUCUGCAUCCCAGAUAGUUGCAUCACUGGUUCAGAUAAUCGUCAAUAUACAGUCAACACUUAUCCAGUCUGGCAACGGUUUCCAUGGGGCUGCGAAUGGGGUUGGGCAAGGUUCGGUUCUGCCAACUUCUCCUUCAGGAGGGAGCACAGACUCUAUGAGUGCAAGUCGAUCCACUCAGGCAGUCCCUGGGAUCAACACAGCCAGCUUCGUUUCCAGAAGCGGCUAUACAUGCCAGCAACUGUCAUGCUUAUUGAUCCAAGCUUGUGGGCUUUUGCUGGCUCAGCUACCCCCUGAUUUUCACCUGCAGCUUUAUAUAGAGGCUUCGCGUGUGAUUAAAGAGACAUGGUGGCUCAGUGACGGAAAGAGGUCAGUGGGUGAACUGGAUUCGGCUGUGGGCUACGCCUUGAUGGAUCCUACAUGGGCUGCUCAGGACAAUACCUCAACCGCAAUAGGAAAUGUAGUUGCAUUGCUUCAUGGUUUCUUCAGCAAUCUCCCACAAGAAUGGCUUGAUGGCACACAUGUCAUCAUCAAGAACCUCCGGCCCAUCAUCUCUGUUGCUAUGCUAAGAGUAGUAUUCCGUAUAAUGGGGCCAUUGCUUCCAAGGCUUGCUAACACACAUACGCUCUUUAGCAAGACCCUAACGCUGCUGUUGAGCACAAUGGUGGAUGUAUUCGGAAAACAUGUGCAGCCAGCAGUGCCUGUUGAAGCAUCCCAUAUUACAGACCUAAUUGACUUCCUGUACCACAUCGUUCACUACGAGGGGCAAGGAGGGGCGGUGCAGGCAAGCAGCAAACCGAGACCAGACGUGUUGGCUCUGAUCGGAAGGGCCGCAGAUUCUUUAAGGCCAGACGUCCAACACCUCCUCUCCCACCUUAAACCCGAUGCCAACUCCUCUGUUUACGCCGCUGCUUCUCAUCCCAACCUCUCCAAGAACCCCACUUGUUGAUUGUGUCCCCAUUUGGGGAACAUAAAAGAUGAACUGAAUAUGGGCGUCCUUGAAUUAAUUAGGACCGAGAGAGAACCUCCCAAGACAGGUCCUGGGUAUCAAAUCCAUGAACUUCAUAUAUAUAUAUAUGUGUGUGUGUGUGUGUGUGUGUGUGGAAUUUGCACUUUUAUUACAUCCCUAGUUGUUACUUGAGGAUUUAUUUAUCGUCUUCACGUUUAGAGUAAGGUUUCUAAUUGCUAUGCAAUGUGUUUUUGCAAUUUGCCUGGUUGUAGUGUAAAUACUAAAUAGUUACCAAAAGGAGAAUGUAUCAGAAUCGUAUUUACGGGUCAGAUCCGACCCGUUUUACAGGUCCACUUGCUACGU